AUGGCGGAGUGGGCCCUUCUAGAUGCAUGCCAGAAAGUUCUCUACAAAGAAGUCAUGCUGGAGAACUAUGAGAGCGUGGCUUUUCUGAGCAGUGAAGAGAUGUUGUCGAGCUAUUUUCUUUGCAGAGAAGUAGGAAUCCCUGCUCAACCUCUGGUCCAGGAGGAGGUGGCCGUGUAUUUCACCAUGGCGGAGUGGGCUCUGCUGGAUCCAGGCCAGAAAGCUCUCUACAAAGAAGUCAUGCUGGAGAACUAUGAGAGCGUGGCUUUUCUGGGAGAUAAUCAGAGUAAUGAGGGGGAUGAGGAACCGCAUCAGGUAUUGCCUGAUGAAGUCAAGAAGGAAGUUGUGAGAAGAAAUGUCAGGAUUCAAGGCAGACUGAAGAAGAAUAAAGUCAGUCACAGGGUGAAGAAGAGGGAUAAAUCCAUUCCUUGUCAAGGUGGAGAUUUCCAAGAAGUUAUUCACCUGUUGGAGAAAUCAUACAAGUGCUUGGAGUGUGGAAUGAACUUCUCAGAUCAAACCCAAUAUACUGUCCAUUUGGGAAUGCACAGUGGAAAGAAGACCCAUCAGUGUCUGGACUGUGGAAAGGCCAUGAUUACCAGAGCAGAGUUCUUUAGACAUCUAAGAAUACAUACAGGAGAGGAACCUUCUAACUGCUCAGACUGUUCUAAGAGUUUCUCAAAGAAACCAGACCUUGCUCAACAUCAAAGAAUUCCUACAAGAGAGAAGCCUUUAAUCUAUUCCAAGAGUGGAGUGCUGUUCUUGAAUGGAAAAGAGAGUAAUAUGCAUGUUUCAAAGCAUAGUAUAAUGAACACAUGUCAAUGCUUUCAGUGCGGAAAGUACUUCAGAUACAAAUCACAGUUCCUUGUACACCAAAGGACCCACAGAGUUGGGAAACCUUUUGAAUUCUCACAGUGUGGAAAGAAAUUCAAUGAGAAUUUCCUUCUUAUGCAACAUCAAAAAGCCCACAGAUGGGAGACGUUUUUAGAGUGCUCAGCGUUGGGGAGGAGAUUCAGUAGGAGUGGCACUUUUAAGCAACAUCAAAGAACCCAUAAAGGGGAGAAGCCUUUUGAAUGCUCAGAGUGUAGGAAGAGAUUCAGUGACAGUAGCAGUCUUCAAAAACAUCUAAGAAUCCAUUCUUGGGAGAAACCUUUUGAAUGCAUAGAAUGUGGGAAGAGAUUCAGUCACAGUAGCAAUCUUCAAAAACAUCUAAGAAUCCAUACAGGGGAGAAGCCUUUUGAAUGCUCAGAGUGUGGAAAGAGAUUCAGUCAGAGUGGCCAUCUUCAACAGCAUCAAAGAACCCACACAGGGGAGAAGCCUUUUGAAUGCUCCGAAUGUGGGAAGAGAUUCAGUCGGAGUGGCCAUCUUCAAAGUCAUCUCAGAACGCACACAGGGGAGAAACCUUUUGAAUGCUCAAAGUGUGGGAACAGAUUCAGUCGGAGUGGUUAUCUUCAACAACAUCAAAGAAUCCACACAGGGGAGAAGCCUUUUGAAUGCUCAGAGUGUGGGAAGAGUUUCAGUCAGAGUCUGACUCUUCAAAGUCAUCUCAGAACCCACACAAGGGAGAAGCCUUUUGAAUGCUCAGAGUGUGGGAAGAGAUUCAGUAGGAGUGGCAGUCUUCAACAGCAUCAAAGAACCCAUACAGGGGAGAAGCCUUUUGAAUGCUCAGAGUGUGAGAAGAGUUUCAGUCAGAGUGCAACUCUUCAAUGUCAUCUCAGAACCCACACAGGGGCGAAGCCUUUUGAAUGCUCAGAGUGUGGGAACAGAUUCAGUCGGAGUGGCCAUCUUCAACAACAUCAAAGAAUCCACACAGGGGAGAAGCCUUUUGAAUGCUCAGAGUGUGGGAAGAGUUUCAGUCAGAGUACAACUCUUCAACGUCAUCUCAGAACCCACACAGGGGCGAAGCCUUUUGAAUGCUCAGAGUGUGGGAAGAGAUUCAGUCACAGUAGAAGACUUCAACAGCAUCAAAUAAUCCACACAGGGGAGAAGCCUUAUGAAUGCUCAGAGUGUGGGAAGAGAUUCAGUCGGAGUGAAACUCUUCAAAGACAUCUCAGAACCCACACAGAGGAGAAGCCUUUUGAAUGCUCAGAGUGUAGGAAGAGAUUCAGUCACAGUAGCAGUCUUCAACAGCAUCAAAGAACCCACACGGGGGAGAAGCCUUUUGAAUGCUCAGAGUGCGGGAAGAGAUACAGUCACAGUAGCAGUCUUCAACAGCAUCAAAGAACCCACACGGGGGAGAAGCCUUUUGAAUGCUCAGAGUGUGGGAAGAGAUUCAGUCACAGUAGCAGUCUUCAACAGCAUCAAAGAACCCACACGGGGGAGAAGCCUUUUGAAUGCUCAGAGUGUGGGAAGAGAUUCAGUCGGAGUAGCAGUCUUCAAAAACAUCUAAGAAUCCAUUCAGGGGAGAAACCUUUUGAGUGCUCAGAGUGUGGGAAGAGAUUCAGUCGGAGUUUGACUCUUCAAAGUCAUCUCAGAACCCACACAAGGGAGAAGCCUUUUGAAUGCUCAGAGUGUGGGAAGAGAUUCAGUAGGAGUGGCCAUCUUCAACGUCAUCUCAGAACCCACACAGGUGAGAAGCCUUUUGAAUGCUCAGAGUGUGGGAAGAGAUUCAGGUGGAGUGGCAGUCUUCAAAAACAUCUAAGAAUCCAUUCAGGGGAGAAACCUUUUGAAUGCUCAGAGUGUGGGAAGAGAUGCAGUCGGAAUCGGACUCUUCAAAGUCAUCUCAGAACCCACACAGGGGAGAAGCCUUUUGAAUGCUCAAAGUGUAGGAAGAGAUUCACUAACAAUAGCAGUCUUCAAAUACAUCUAAGAAUUCAUUCAGGGGAGAUGCCUUUUGAAUGCUCAGAGUGUGGGAAGAGAUUCAUUCACAGUAGCAGUCUUCAACAGCAUCAGAGAACCCACACUGGGGAGAAGCCUUUUGAAUGCUCAGAGUGUGGGAAGAGAUUCCGUCACAGUGGCCAUCUUCAAUAUCAUCUAAGAAUCCAUUCAGGGGAGAAACCUUUUGAAUGCUCAGAGUGUGGGAAGAGAUUCACUCAGAAUGGGGCUCUUCAAAGUCAUCUCAGAACCCACACAGGUGAGAAGCCUUUUGAAUGCUCAGAGUGUAGGAAGAGAUUCACUAACAAUAGCAGUCUUCAAAUACAUCUAAGAAUUCAUUCAGGGGAGAUGCCUUUUGAAUGCUCAGAGUGUGGGAAGAGAUUCAUUCACAGUGGCCAUCUUAAAUGUCAUCUAAGAAUCCAUUCAGGGGAGAAACCUUUUGAAUGCUCCGAGUGUGGGAAGAGAUUCACUCAGAAUGGGGCUCUUCAAAGUCAUCUCAGAACCCACACAGGUGAGAAGCCUUUUGAAUGCUCAGAGUGUAGGAAGAGAUUCACUAACAAAAGCAGUCUUCAAAUACAUCUAAGAAUUCAUUCAGGGGAGAUGCCUUUUGAAUGCUCAGAGUGUGGGAAGAGAUUCAGUCACAGCAGCAGUCUUCAACAGCAUCAGAGAACCCACACUGGGGAGAAGCCUUUUGAAUGCUCAGAGUGUAGGAAGAGAUUCACUAACAAUAGCAGUCUUCAGAUACAUCUAAGAAUUCAUUCAGGGGAGAUGCCUUUUGAAUGCUCAGAGUGUGGGAAGAGAUUCAGUCACAGUAGCAGUCUUCAACAGCAUCAGAGAACCCACACUGGGGAGAAGCCUUUUGAAUGCUCAGAGUGUGGGAAGAGAUUCAGUCGGAAUGGCAGUCUUCAAAAACAUCUAAGAAUCCAUUCAGGGGAGAAACCUUUUGAAUGCUCAGAGUGUGGGAAGAGGUUCAAUCGGAAUUGGACUCUUCAAAGUCAUCUCAUAAGUCAUUCCUACUUAGUGACGUGGCCUUCAGUGAAGACACACAUGUACCCCAUGGUGCUGAGAUUCGAGCAUGGGGACAACCAUCUGGGAGUCCCAUAG